AUGACUCAGUGUACAAUGGCAUUACCAAAUGCACAGGAUGAGUAUUUAUGGAAAAAGCUGACAUCGAACGAGGUGAGAAGUAUUAACUGCUCGGUAUUUGUGGCUGCUAGUCCUCGUGGAGUCAAAUUACCAGAUCAAAUCAGUCCGGAAGCAGCAGUAUUAUUAGCCAAAUUAAAAGGCCGUAUUUAUGCUAUUGCUCUUCGUGGAAAAUCUCAAGCCGGAAAAAGCACGACAUUGAAUCGAGUUGCAAAAAUGUCAGAUUGUCAUAUUAAUACUUUGUUACCAGUGGCGAAACAAUUCGGUUCAACAACGACGCAUGGAAUCUGGAUAAUGAUUGUCGAAUUUAAAAAUGACGAUGCACUUCUAUUAUUUGAUAUGCAAGGUACAGAUCGUGGUGCUGAUGAAAUAACAUACAAAUUAAUUGCAUAUACGGAUCAUAUUUGUACUAAAGUUGUCAAUGUAUUUCGAAUGCCGCAAGAAGGAUUUUCAAAUGAAUAUAUCGAUGCUCUCUAUUGUUUAGCCACCGCACGAGAGAGUGUUAAAAAUUUAGCUCCAACAUCUGAUAAAGUCCUCUUGUGGACAAAUUGUGUACUACCAAAACAAAGUCCAUUUGAUGAAAAGUCGUGUGAAACACCAGAAGUAUAUCAGGCCGAGGUACUCAAGAGUGUAGAGGGAGAACGCAAAAUACAAGCUCGAAAAGCUAUAAAAUAUACUGAACAAACACCAAUCGUCACAUCGAGUAAACCUUCAGACAAAAUUCUAUCGAAGAUUUCGGAGUUGGAGAACGAUAAUUCGUUUAUUCAGAAUGACAUCGUUCCAGUACUCAAACGUAUCCUACAUAAUGUUCGACCGGUGACCAUCAGUUCACAUGAUAUCAAAGGUGGAAAUGAUUAUGUUCAAUAUCUGAGCAACGUUUAUAGCAACAUUCUUAAGAGUGACAUCAAUCUUCCGUUUUGUAUCUUACCAAUGGUCCGAAAUAUCGCCACAUCUGUUUCGAAAAUUCAAGCAGAAUGGAUGAAAAAUCAAAUUGAACAACUAUUGCCGGUAUAUUCACAAGAUCCUAAUUGGAUUUCAAAUAUUCUUAUUAUUGAGUUGAACGGAUUAAAAUCGAAAUGCAUCGAAGCGUUUAAAAGAAAAUUGUCCGAUUUUCCAGACAGUGCAUGGAAAGAUCAGCUAGAUGAUUUGGACUGUUCAAUACAAGUUUCCAUCAAAAAAGUUAUUGACAAAUACAGAAAGGAUGUUCUAGAUCAUUUCCUGAAGAUAAAUCUCCCACGAUUAAGUCAUGUGUGUACGCUUGGACUUCGAAUUGACGAGUUAAAAUCACAACUAAUCAUGAAUAUGAAGGAAAUUGAUAAAGAAAUCGUCAAGAUACCGCUUCUCAAUGAAAGUAUUACUGACUUGGAUCGAAGAUUUGUCACACAAGCGCUUGAAAUGCACAUUCAUGAUCUGUGUCGCAUACAAGAGAAUAAUGAACGAGAUUGGACCGAUCGAGAAAGGAAAUUUAAGGAAAAAAUUUAUUCAACUGAUCAUAGUGGAGUCGAUGAAAUUAUUAAACUACUGAUAGGAGAACAUAUGCAUUAUUCUGAGCAGCAAUUCACAAAGUUCGGUAUUAUACCUCAACCAUUUUUCAAUUUGGACAUAAAAACCGACGAAUUAAAAAAAAACAAUAAAGAUCAAUCGAAGAUAUUUCCACAAAAAUAUCGAGAAGAAUGCAUUGAAGGAUUCAAAGCAAAAAUUGGAUCGAUAUUCUCUACGAAUGCAACUACUCCGGAAAAAUAUGGCUUUCUACUAAUAGAUAUAGAGUAUUGUCUGAAACGUUAUUAUGAAAAAUUGCCAUGGCCACUGAACGACGAAACGAUUGGUCAGGUUGAAAGUGAUCUUCAAGGACUGUGUACACAGGCUCUUGACAAUAUUUAUACACCAGAAGUGAUAGAACAAUUGAAACGUGAUCGAGUGGCCCAAAUGGAAGCAUUAUCCAAACUAAAAUUAGCGGAAAACGAGUCUCUUUUAUGGGUUCACUGUGUUGGAUGUAAACGUAUAUUUGCUGGCCGAACUGUAGGCUGUGCAAAUGUGACGUGUUCUCAGUUUCAAGUCAGUGACACAAUGAACACUGAUCAUGGAUGUAGUUUAACGUUCCAGUGGAAAAAAGCACAACCAGUGAAGUUUGAUCAGUUGCCGAAAGAUAUUUGGUUGUUAGACAUAGAAGGAGCUAACCGUGGUGACGUUUUUCGAAAGAAAAUUCGAGAACUUCAAAGAAAGAUUAUUUUGGGAGCAGCUAAUCUCCCGAAGUUGAAACAUAAACGAACUCAUAGUCGAUAG